AUCGAUUGGAUCAUCUCUCCUUUCUCGGUCGGUGAAGCUGUCCAGGCUCUCUGCGUUGUUGUGUCGUUCAAUGCUUUCAUUUGUGGCGAACAUGGCCGCUGUUCCAAUCUCCGCCGUUCCCAACACGUCCACGAACAACGAUGGGAUCCUUAUAGGCGACAGAGUUUACUCUGAAGUUUACCUCACUAUCAGCAACUCUCUCAUACCGGAGGAAAGGCUUCAGCCAACCCCGUCUAUGCUCGAUGGCCUCGACCUGCACACGGAGACCGACCUCCGUAUCCUGGGUUGUGAGCUAAUUCAAUCGGCUGGUAUUCUUCUACGAUUGCCACAGGUGGCAAUGGCUACGGGUCAAGUUCUUUUUCAUCGUUUUUUCUACUCUAAAUCGUUUGUCAAACACAGUUUUGAGAUUGUUGCUAUGGCCUGUGUCAACUUGGCGUCCAAGAUCGAGGAAGCACCAAGACGAUUCAGAGACGUCAUCAAUGUUUUUCACCAUUUAAAACAGAGCCACAGAGGCAAAAGCAGGAGUGCAAGUUCAUUGAUUCUUGAUCAGAACUACAUUAAUACCAAAAACCAAGUGAUCAAAGCUGAACGGAGAAUCCUGAAGGAGCUGGGCUUCUGUGUACACGUCAAGCAUCCGCACAAGAUCAUUGUCAUGUACCUGCAAGUCCUGGAAUGUGAGAAGAACCAGACUCUGGUCCAGACCGCCUGGAACUACAUGAAUGACAGCCUUAGGACCAACGUGUUUGUGAGAUUCCAAGCUGAAACCAUCGCAUGUGCCUGCAUCUACCUGGCUGCCAGAGCUCUCCAGAUGCCUCUCCCAUCCAGACCUCACUGGUAUCUGCUGUUUGGAGCCACGGAGGAAGAGAUCAAGGAUAUCUGUAUCACCACCCUCAAACUGUACACCAGGAAGAAGCCGGACUAUGACCACCUGGAGAAGGAAGUGGAGAAGAGGAAGAUGUCUCUGCAGGAGGCCAAGCUGAAGGCUAAAGGGAUGAACCCUGAUGGGACCCCAGCUCUGUCCAACCUGGGGGGCUUCUCUCCUGGAUCCAAACCCUGUGAGUUUACCUUACUAUGGUUGUUCAUUUAAACCCUGUGAGUUUAUCUUACCAUGGUUGUUCAUUUAAACCCUGUGAGUUUAUCUUACCAUGGUUGUUCAUUUAAACCCUGUGAGUUUACCUUACCAUGGUUGUUCAUUUAAACCCUGUGAGUUUACCUUACCAUGGUUGUUCAUUUAAACCCUGUGAGUUUACCUUACCAUGGUUGUUCAUUUAAACCCUGUGAGUUUACCUUACCAUGGUUGUUCAUUUAAACCCUGUGAGUUUACCUUACCAUGGUUGUUCAUUUUAAACCCUGUGAGUUUACCUUACCAUGGUUGUUCAUUUAAACCCUGUGAGUUUACCUUACCAUGGUUGUUCAUUUAAACCCUGUGAGUUUACCUUACCAUGGUUGUUCAUUUUAAACCCUGUGAGUUUAUCUUACCAUGGUUGUUCAUUUAAACCCUGUGAGUUUACCUUACCAUGGUUGUUCAUUUAAACCCUGUGAGUUUACCUUACCAUGGUUGUUCAUUUAAACCCUGUGA